AUGGGCACCGCCGGAAGAACCCACGUGCGCCAACUCCCGGUGGGCCUGCCCGCAACGGAAGCCAAACAGGGCGACGACGAGGAGGAGAAGGAAGCGGGGGAGGCAGAUAAACGGGGCCUCAGGGAAAUCAUAACGAGGGUUUACGUGGGGGACUACGAGGACUCCAAGAACAUCCUGCUCCUCGGCAGCAUCGGCAUCACGCACAUCAUCAUCGUGAGGUGCACCGAAGAGUAUCAAAUGGCUCGGAUAAUUUACCCACAUAAAUUCGAGUACUUCAUCAUCGACCUGGAGGGCGACUACAACUUCACGCAGUGCACUCAUUUGAAAUUCCUGCUAGACGAGAUCCUCUUCGAAAAUGGCCAAAAUAGGGUCUUCAUCCACAGCUACAUCUCCCUGGAGAAGAUCCUCUCCCUGCUGGUGUUCUACAUCGCCACGACGCUGAGCCUCGACGUGGAGGACGUCCUGACCUACGUCAAGAGAAUCGUUCCCGAUUUUUCGAUGGACACAGAAGAGAGCGACAAGAUGUAUUACUACACCAAGAGGCACAUGCUGACCUACUACCCAGGGGAAUGCACCAGCUACCUCGACGUGCGGGACCAAAAGGGGAGCCCCCAAGUUGCUCCCAAAGAAUGA